GACGUGUUCACGUAGUCGUCUGCACCGCAUUCGCGCGGGUGUCACCCGGUGCGUCACGUGACAACAAUAGCCGUCAUUUAGUGAGAGAGAUCGGCACCUGAGAUAGCGAGCUCUGCGGCUGCCAGAGCCGAUGCUAGCCGCAGAUAACGCCGGAAACGUAAUGGGUUAAAUAUCUCGUGAAAGACAAUAGCGGAUUCAUUGCCGACCCAGAAUCCGAGGAGAGUGCACACCGCGCAUCGUGCAUGCGAACCAGAGAACGAAAGAGCGAGAGAGAAAGACAGACAGAGAGAGAGAGAGAGAGAAAGAGAGAGAGAGAGAGAGAGAGAGAAAGUGACUGCGAGUCAACUACACAACGAUACUGCAACCAGGCGCCGUCACUACGGGAGUAAGUGCAUCACCUGUAUAUAUCACGCUGUUAUAUAUUCUACAUCAGCGAUCGUGAACGAUGACCCGCACCGCAGCAGCGCUGGUCGCCGCAGCGCUCUGCGCUCUCAUCACACUACCGCACUGCGACGCCUUGGGAGACCUCGCCUCCCUGCUGGCUGGCCGCACCGCCGCUGCCGCGCCUCCCGCCGAGCGCGCAGGACAGGAACCAACCGCCACUACCAACCCUCUGACGAACCCGGAGGAGGCGGAGCGCUUCUUGCUGCGCGGGCUCGGGCUUCGCUCGCGACCGCGGCCGAGCGCCAACGCGUCGCUUCCCAGCUUCAUGCUGGACUUAUACAAGCGCAUGGAGCGCAUGAACCAGCACGCCGGACUCGGCUGCGACUACACGGACAGCAAGCUGGCCGGCAACGUCAUUCGCAGCUUCCCGAAUAAAGGCAGCAUCAUUGAACAAGUGUCGAAAUUCGGACACCAACGCCCCUUUUUUUGCGAUCGCGAAGAUCAACUUUCAAACAUGGACGCCUUCCCGCGAGCCGAGAAGCUCAACUCGGCGCAGAUCCGCGUGCGACUGUCGCGCGACUUGGAGGGACUUACGUUCGUGCCGAAGCGCUACAAGGUGCACAUCUAUCGGCUGCUGCAGGACGUUAACGCGUCGGUGACUCACGGCGACAUCACGCAGCGACAGAAGAUGACCGAACUGGGUCGCCCGACGCACCAUCAAAACCUUGCAGCAGAUGCGCACGCGCGCUCUAAGCGGGCGGCGCGCGCUAACUCGCGCAAGUCGCGCAACGUCGUCAUGGCGGCGGAGACGGCGAAGGUCGGCAAGCGGCAGUCGAAGGCGAGCGCGCUCUGCCAGCGUCGCAAGCUGUACGUGAACUUCUACGAGAUCGGCUGGUCGGACUGGAUCAUCGCGCCGCCGGGCUACGACGCCUACUUUUGCGACGGCAAGUGUCCGUUUCCGCUGCACGAGCAGAUGAACGCGACGAAUCACGCCAUCAUACAGACGCUCGUCAACUCGGUGAACCGUAAGAAGGUGCCGAGCGCCUGCUGCGUGCCGACCCAGCUGUCGCCCGUCUCGAUGCUCUACUACGACAGCAACAGCAACGUCGUGUUGCGACAGUACGACGACAUGAUCGUCGACGGCUGCGGCUGCCGCUAGGCGGCGCUGGAAAUCCUCCGCGGAGUUGUCAACGAUGCUGCUGCCCGUCUGAAUUCUCUUUUACAGCGUACUGCGAUAGUAGGACGAUAUAAUUGUCGACGGCUGCGGCUGCCGCUAGGUGGCGCUUGUAAGCCUCCGCGGAGUUGUCGACGAUGCUGUUGCCCGUCUGAAUCCUCUAUUACAGCGUUCUGCGAUAGUAGGACGAUAUAAUUGUCGACGGCUGCGGCUGCCGCUAGGUGGCGCUUGUAAGCCUCCGCGGAGUUGUCAACGAUGCUGUUGCCCGUCUGAAUCCUCUAUUACAGCGUGCUGCGAUAGUAGGACGAUAUAAUUGUCGACGGCUGCGGCUGCCGCUAGGUGGCGUUACCGCGUCUCCUCCGAGUGCGGGUGAGUGUACACGCAGCUUUCACGCGUUUUUGUGAAAUGCAAUCAGCAGGUUGACUGCCAAAAUAGAUGUCAAAAAAAUAUAUACGUAGGUACGACUAGAUGUAAAAUUAGCAAGUCGUAUUGAUUUGCUUCAACGUGCCGCGCACGUUACGUAUUAUCAAUAGCCGAUUAAUUAAUAGGCUGAUUAAAAUAGGCAUACUGUUGAAAUAGUGUACAUAAGAUAGCAGUUGAUACUUAUAUAUAUAUAUAAUUUUGUAAAUACGGUGUAAAUUAUUUAUUCAUGAUAUAUGCGAUUUAUAUUGUUACAAUAGAGCCCGAUAUAUAUAUAUAAUGUAGUAUUUGCACAAUCAUCCUGAUGUAUUUCACGAUCAGUUAAGUUAUUGACCGUGUAUUUAUUUAAUCUUUAUUAGAUAAUAAUUCCCGUUGCCGUACAGACACUCGCGUGCUCACGGGUGUUUAUUAUGCUAAAUACCCGUCUAAAUCAUAGCGAGUAAGAUGAAUGACAUUUGAGACGAGUUGGUAUGCUGGGUUUAAUAAUAUUCGAAUUCCAUUAUGUUAUUUGGGGGAUAAAAUAUUUUUACGCGUUAACUUUGGUGGCGUUGUUGCACACCUUAUUAUUUAUUCUAACUUAUUCUAACUUGAUGGUGGUUUUGUUGGUAAUGGUAUGCUAUAGAAUAAUAUUAAUUUUCUCUUCUCUACUUUAAAUACAGUUCAAUAUUUAUUUAUUUUAUAUUAUUCAUAUUACUGAAUAAUAACUAAUGAAUCGAAAUGUAUAUCAAACGGGAUAAAGAACUAACAGAUAUUAUAUUGGUUUGUGUAAAUGCUCGAUCUGAUGGUAUUUAUCUUAUUUAACAUGUGGUGCAUGGUUGCAUAUUUAUUAAUUAUUUAGUUAAAUGUUGGGUAUACUAAGUCUCAAGAAGUGUAUUUUCAUCACGAGGUUCGAAUGCAACACGAGAUUGUGUGAAUAAUCAAUUAUUUAGGUCAGCUCUAUUAUGAUUUAUUUGAUCUUAUUGAUGUAGGAGGUUAUUACCGAUUAUGCUUGCUGAUGCUGAAAUUAUCAGAUAGCAGUGCGCCUCUACUAACUGGACAAGUCGUUGUAAUUAUCACCUUGUUUUGAAACCUGUAGCAUAUAGUACAUACUAACAAGCUUGUCUUCUUUUAAUAAGGGUUAUUCUUGUUUUCAUAUGGACGAUAUUUAGCCUGUAUCGCUUACUCUCUGUUUCAUCUCGUGUAUGGUGUGUAUGUAUGCAGUCAUGCAUGUACUGUGAGACCUUAUAGAAGCUUGACAAUUCAAUGUUGAGUUAUAUGUAAAAUAAACACGUAGCUUUUUCGGUAAAAUA